CCCUUCUCGAACGUCUUUGGCCGACUUCGAUGACGCUCCACGUCGAGGAAGACGUCCUACUAGAAAUACUCACGUAUCACCAAGUUCCGGCAAAUUUCCUGAGCUUCCUCACGAGCGGUAGCGAAGCCUGGAGCUUCGCCAGUAGCAUAAGUUUUGCAGGAUUCGUUGGUCGCUCGACGCUUCAGCCUCUGCGACGGCAGCCGAGCCUCAUGGGACUAGGCCGCAGCGGCACGCACGUGCAAGUUUGCCUCACGCUGUUCAGCAUCCGCGAAUACCCUCUCCACGCGUUGCCCAGAGAGUCCGAUCCCGAACGGACGCCUCGGUGGGAGACGCACUCUGCCGUCGUGUACCUUCACUUCGAUUUUGUGGAGGGCACAGCGGUAUGGUUGCUCGUGAGCCCGAGGUGCUAUCAUCCGGAGAAAGGCAAGGGGACACAAAAUCUGCUCUGGAAUACGUUGAAGGGUGGCCUGGCGAGCGACAUGUCUACGCUUACGUGCCUCGAUAUCCAUGAGCGUUUUCGUGUUAGUCUGAGCUGUCUCCUUGCCGUCGCCCGGUGGUCUAUUGGAAUGUUUUCGCAUCAUCUCCAAGACACGGAGAGAAGGCUAUCCGACCUGGUGAGUCGCAAGUUUUCGAGAUGUCAAUCGAGCAUGGCUGUACACGCCCAAGACCUGCGGAGAAUGGCUUUUCUGAUGGAAUCACGGUACGGCGGUGUUCUGAGAGCCGAAAAUAAUCUUCGGGUCCUCCGGCGGCUUCUGAAAUUCAUCAAUGACGAGGUGUAUGGGGACCUCGAGGUUCUGGAAGAUCGCCAAGCCGACAAGAUCCGUGUGCAUGUCCAAGACUUUGCAGAAAAGGUAACGUUGGUGAUUGAAGAACUGCAAGACUUGCUGGACAGGGCGCUAGCUCUGGAUAAGCUCGCCAAGAACCGAGAAGUAUACGUGAGUGGCGCGGCCCGGGAUGAGGUGAGAGACACGGAGCUGAAAAUCGUAGAUUCAACGGCUACAAGCGCACCACGCGAGUCAGCAGACUAAGACAAUCGCCGAGCUGACAGCAGAAGACUCGUCUGCGAUGAAGCAAUUGUCUUUCAUAGCCUUGAUUCUGUUGCCGGUUACGGUGGUGUCGGCCGUGCUGAGUACGGACAUUGUUAAGUUUCAAGAUCUUGCGAGCGAAAACGAGAAGAAGGUUACCGGAAGCACGUCCGAAAGCGCCGUUCCGAUUUUCAAUUUUUCGGUGGCGGCGUUCGGAACAUGGGCUGUCGCGAGCGUGCUCAUGACGAUUGCGACGAUCAUCCUCGUCAAGUCAAUAGAGAAUCGCGGGCGGCGCAGCACU